UGUCCGUUUUUGCAAGAUUAGCUUGGAGUACAGUAGUUGUCACCAAAAAAAAAAAUUGUCUCGGGUGCCAGAGUCCACAGUUUUGCGGGCAUUCUGUCACGCACAGAGUGCAAAGACGUGGCUACUUCACUCGAGUAAACGCGUCAAUGGCACCAACUCAUUGACGGGACUAAUGUUAGCUGUCGUGGCUAACUCACCAGCUCGUGAGUCAGUUAGCUUCUCGUAGCUUUGCACUCGUGCAGAUAGCUUCCUUUUUUUUGUGUGUGUGUGUGUGUGUGUGUGUGUAUUUUUAUUUUUUCAAGUUGAAAGCCACAAUGUCUCAGUCCGCGGAUCCAGACGAAAACACCCCCUUACUCCGGGAUGAACCAAGGAGUGAUGACGUUCUUGAUGACGAUUACCGGAGCCGAUGGAGAUCAAUAAGGGUCAUGUACUUCACGAUGUUCCUAAGCAGCGUGGGUUUCACCAUUGUAAUCACGUCGCUGUGGCCGUACUUGCAAAAGUCCGACAACACCGCAGACGCCACCUUCCUCGGCUGGGUGGUGGCGGCCUACAGUCUCGGCCAGAUGGCGGCGUCGCCCCUGUUCGGCCUGUGGUCCAAUCACCGGCGACGCAGAGAGCCGCUGGUGUGCUCCAUCGUCAUCAACCUGUCGGCCAACAUCUACUACGCCUACGCUUCGCUGCCGUCGACUGGGGACAAAUACCACAUACUCAUUUCUCGAGCCUUUGUGGGCUUCGGAGCAGGUAAUGUUGCCGUAGUGAGGUCCUACGUGGCUGGAGCCACAUCGCUGAAGGAGAGGACGAAUGCCAUGGCCAACAUGAGUGCCUGUCAAGCCUUGGGGUUCAUCCUCGGACCAGCUCUGCAGGCCUGCUUGUCGUUCCUCGGGGAACUGGGUUACACGGUGGAGUUCAUCGACCUGAAGCUCAACAUGUACACUGCUCCGGCUUUACUGGCCGCUGUCUUUGGCGUCAUCAACAUCCUGUUGGUGCUCUUGGUGCUCAGGGAGCACCGCGUCGACGAUAACGGGAGACGCAUACGUGCCAUCAACUACCUCUCGGAAGAUGAGGUGGACGUCAUGGAUGACCCGGACGAAACCAUCGACCACUUAGCUGUUUUCACCUCCAACGUCCUCUUCUUCAUUGUCAUGUUCAUUUUCGCCGUCUUCGAGACGAUCGCCACGCCGUUGUCCAUGGACAUGUUCGCGUGGACGAGGAGACAGGCCGUUUUAUACAACGGCAUCAUCAUCUGCGGCAUCGGCUUUGAAUCGAUCCUGGUGUUUCUAGCGGUAAAAGUGGCCGCUCAGAGGGUAGGUGAUCGUCCGGUGCUACUCGCAGGUCUGGCCAUCAUAUUCUGUGGCUUCUUCAUCCUGCUACCGUGGGGAAGCCAUUACCCCAAAAUCCAGUGGGCAGAUCUUAAAAACAAUUCGUUGGUGAGUCAGUUGUCAUCCAACAGCUCUUUCGAACCUACGGGUUGCCCAUAUGAGCAGACCUGGUGUCAGUACACUCCCGCCAUCCACCUGGCUCAGUACAUUACCUCGGAUUUCCUCAUCGGGGUGGGCUAUCCAGCUUGCAACGUGAUGUCCUACACACUUUAUUCCAAGAUCCUUGGACCCAAACCUCAGGGCGUGUACAUGGGCUGGCUGACGGCGUCGGGGAGUGGCGCGCGGACUCUGGGGCCCGUGUUCGUGUCCCACGUGUACGCCCUCCUCGGCCCUCGCUGGGCCUUCAGCGUCAUCUGCGGCCUGGUGGUGGCGGCCAUCUUCCUCCUCAGCUGCGUCUACCACAGACUUAUCGCCUUUUCCGUGCGUCACGGAAGGACGAUAGAAUGAGGCAACGCUGUCCUCACUGGACUAAACCAAGGACCAAAAAAAAAAAAAAAAAUUGAAAGGGAGCGCGUGUGAAAGAGAUUUACCGUCCGUUUUCAAUCGAGUUACUACAUAUUUGUUACUGAUACACUAAUACAUGUUUUACUCAAUUGCGUUUUUAAUGAACUAAGCUGUAUGAGCUGAAUGGUAACGCAUGUUUUAAUGUCGCAGGCACAUUCACUGGUUAAAAAAAUGUGACUUUAUAGUAAUGUGAAAAUCUAUACUAUAAAAAACUUUUUAACAGAGAAUGUAUGACAUUUAAGCAAUUGUCAUAUUCCCCAAAUUGAAGCUAUUUUUAUACAUUAAUACUGUCAGGAUGCUAUGAAUAUGUUUUAAAAUGUGUGUACAUUAAUGAUAAGAGAUUUAUAUUUUAUUUCAAUGAAUACAGUAUAAGCAAGAUCAGGAUUUUUUGUGUGUGCGAGCAUUUUUGUUCAAUCGAGGUGAGCUACUUCCGUUAUGGUUUGUUUUUCCAAACAAAAUCAAUAUUUUCAUCAUUGUACAGAAUUGCUUGGACUGUACUGGAAACUGCGCAUGCGUGCAAUAAACUCGAGUGACUUCCGCUCAACACCAAAGUCCUGCACGCGCGAGAUACUAA